UAAAUCGGGCAGGUUUGCAGAUUUGACAAACGUUGGUACAAUCAAUUUUGUGAAGGGAGAUUGUGAACUUGUGCAAGACAAUUUUCAAACAAUACUUUCAUAAGCCGUAAGGAUAUUUAGAUACUCGAGUAACCUCAGGUUCCGGGUAAAAAUGGAGACAUAUCUACGGAGCUGUCCCGAUGUGCUAAAGAAUCAUAUGAAGAAAAGCUCAGAGUUGCUGCAUGUGGUGCUGGGAAAUGAAGCAUGUGAUAUUGACUCCAUGGUAUCAGCCCUCACCUUUGCCUAUUUUCUGUCAAAGACACUGGGCUCUGGGGAAGCUGCUGUCCCUGUCCUCAACAUCCCACGAGCAGAGUUCCCCUUGCGCUCUGACAGCAUUUUCCUGCUGAAAGAGAGUGGCCUGUCUCCGGACUACCUACUGUUCAGGGACGACGUGGACCUCCAUGGCCUGCAACAGCUGGCUAUCACAUUAGUGGACCACAAUGUGUUGCCUGAAGCUGACAGUGCACUGGAGCCAGCUGUGGUGGAGGUCAUUGACCAUCACUAUCUAGAAAGGACUCCUUCUCCAUCCUGCCAUGUCACCAUGGAGACCGUAGGCUCGUGUGCCACUUUGGUGACAGAGCGCCUUGUGCAAAAGGCACCCGAAGUGUUGGACCAACAGGUGGCACAGCUAUUAUAUGGCUCUAUUAUCACUGACUGUGUUAAUAUGGCACCCGAGGCAGGAAAAGUCACACCCAAAGACAGCCAGUACGCCGUGCUUCUAGAAACACGCUUUCCCAAGCUCCCUCCUAGGAGUGUUCUCUUCCAGUCCCUACAAAGCGCCAAGUUUGAUGUAUCAGGCCUCACCACAGAGCAGAUGUUAUUAAAGGACAUGAAAGCUGUAUCCGGGGGAGAUCUGAAACUGGCUGUCAGUAUUAUCUACAUGACACUUGAUUCUUUCCUUCAGAGACGAUGUUUACAGCAGGAGCUUUGUGAAUUCUGUCAUAAGCACAACUACAACCUGGUGAUUGCCAUGACUAUCUCUUUCAAAGACAAUAAGGAGCCUUUCAGACAGCUUGCUGUUUAUAGCUCCAGCACACUCAUCAGGGAUGAGGUAAGCAAAGUUCUGGAAAAAGCCAGAAACUCCCUUCUAAAUCUUAGUCCAAUGAGCACUCCGUACCCCGAUGUGAAGACUUAUGUUCAGGGCAACACACUGGCCUCUCGUAAGAAGGUACUGCCAAUUAUUUUGGACUUCCUUAAAGAGAGGGAAAGGAAAAUGGCACAUGGUUGCAACCUGGAAGACCUGGAGCUGGAGGAAGAGUGCCCACUGGAGCAGAGUGACUGUCAACAGUGCUUGGAGGAUGCUGGCAUGGAGGAGGACUCUGGUGUACCCCCAACUCCUAUGAACAGUUUGGUUGAGGGCUGUCCUUUGGACAAUGGCAUUCCCAAGAUCAAUGCAGAGGUGUUGGUGGAAAAAGUCAGCAAGAUAGCCAGUGAGGAAGAGGUGCUCUUUGAAGGACAAUGAUAUUGUUACUGAACCUUAUAGUCUGAGGAUUUGGAAAGAAACAGUGUAUCGUCUUAUUCAGAAGUAUGCAUUGAAUAUACAGAAAUUACAAGGUGCAAACAGGAAAAAACUUCUUGGGUCUGCAAUCUGACAGUUUCGAUGGAAAAUGUAUCCACUUAUUGUAUUGAGUAUGGUAAUUUAAAAAGACAGACUUGGUAGAACAUGUGUUCGACAUUUGGACACAAUUACCUUGCUGAAUAAUUUUGGAAUUAUUUAUAGUAUAAUGUUUCUCUAAUAAGACAUAUUGUUUUUUAUUAUUAUUGUUGUUGUUGUUGUUUUAAGUCCAGGUAGUCAUGCUAUAGGUUCUUCAGCACAUAAUCUUGUUGAUAAAGUUGAUAAAGCAACCUUUGCUCAGGUCUUUGUCAUAAAUUAUGGUCUGAAAUUGUGAAAUGCAACUAAGUGGGAGGAGUGUAAUAAUGGGUUAAUGAGAAAAUAUGCCAUGGUGACGCGAGUGGCACUAAACAGAUUUUUGGUCUUUCAGUGGCUCUCAAGGUUAGGCAUGAGCUGUCUGAUAUUUAUUUUAGCAUGUUACUUGCAAAUAUGAUCUUUCAUACACAUUUUACCUUGGGUUUGCCUAAAUGCACAAAUGUGAUUAAAAAAAAAAUGCAUUUGAAAAUCUUAUGCAAUUUCAGUAUUAUGGCUUGCAUUGUGCAUCAAUGCAACUUUGCUUCUGCUGAAUCACAGUUAAUCACACACCUCAUUUAUAUGUGUAGGAUUUUUGUUUUGGGGGGGGGGCUAUUGCUUGUUUAUUGUUUUGUACAAAUAUAGCCAUUGGUGUUCAACACUUCUCAUUUCUCCCUGGAAAGAAAUUUUUUUUUACACAUGUAGCAAUUUUACUUCAAUCAGUCUUUAAAUUUAAAUUAAAUUCUAAGUGGUUAUGCAUUGAAUUCAUGACUACAUUGACACCACUGGCAAAUUCUGUAACUUCUCCUAUACUGGUAAAAAGCUGGUUUCUGAGAUAUGCAUUAAGCCUAGUCUUGGAGUAAAUUGCAAUGCCUAUAGUGAAUUGACACUGAAUUGGAUUAUUUUUAUUUUUUAAAUGUAGUGUUUGGUCUGGAAACGUGGCCUAGAAACUAAAACUGCUGCUAAACUUCUAUUGUAGGUAGGUUAAAAUUGACAACACAUUUUUAGAAUUAUAAGAACUGUUAAGUUUGUCUAUAUUACUUAACAUCAGUCUCCCCUGAGAACCAGUACAAUUGUACAAAUGGGUAUAAGUCAUUAGUAAACUAUAAUGCUUUGAUGCAAAUUGUCCUUUUUAUUACCUACUUGCAUGUGAUGCAGACGAUAUCUAAGAAUUCUUGUGGUUGCAAAGAGAUUUCAACAUUUAACACCAAAGAGUAGUAAUGCAAGCUUCAGCUGCUCCCAUCACAUGGGGUCCCAAAUGGGAAUCUGCUAAAGUUGAUUUUUAUGAAGCUUUAUGUUAAUGCUGUAGAAUUAUUUUUGGUGUUAAUUCAACAAUUGUUUUUUCGAUUUUAGUGGACCAGUUGGCAGCAAUUCAAUAUUUUGUAACUUUUGGUUUAAAAAAAAAAUCAAGUAUUACUAGCAUGUCAAGAGUGAUUCUGGCAUAAUCUAAAGGACCUAAUUCUGCAAAUGAUUAAAUAUAGUAGUUGUAAUUAAAGAGAACUGUGUGUUUGUUAGCCUUAUAUGAUAUACAGUUUAAUGGUGAAAGCAUUUCAGUAAGUUUGCAAGAACUUGCUGAAAGACCUUGGUAUGAGUUGUGUUUUCUUAGUUGUAGAGGUACAGAUAUUAAAUAGUUUUACAUGAUAAAUUUAAGUUUUAUCACUGUGUAUAAUUAAAUGAAGACAUGGAACUACUACUGUGUAUGUAUUUUGGUUAGCAAAAUCUUUUAAUCUGUAAUGUAUAUGCCAAGUUCUCUGUGUAUUGUGUUCUCCAAGUUCAGGAAGAUUUGACAUCUCAAGAAUAGCAUUCAGGUAGUUGAUAUGUAACAUUAACAUUAAUAGAAAACCAAUUUAGUUUAUGAUCAGAAUUAUACAAGUUGACUUUCACAUGAAGUGUAUUCAUGAAAUGAAAUUGAAGCUGGACAAUCAAGAGCACAUGCUCCUUUAUACUCAUGCUCCAUGUGGAUCUUAAGGCCUUUUUUUACAUUUAAGAUCUCUUGAAACUUUGUAAUGUAAUUUGUUACCAAUAAAAAGGUUUGAUUUUACUAA